AUGCUGGUGGUGGACUAUACCAGAGUGUUGUUGUUGCGGAGGAAAAUGCCACCCGGCCCAUUCCCUUUGCCAAUCAUUGGAAACAUUCAUCUCCUACCAGACCGCAAGCCAUGGAUCUACUUCGAGCAACUAGCCAAAGAGUACAACUCACCCGUCAUCACCUUCUGGAUGGGGUGUCGCCCCAACGUCUGGCUCAACGACGCACAAUCGGCAUCUGAUCUCUUCGACAAGCGGGCUGCGACUUUUUCGUCCCGUCCUCUCAUGGUUGUCUUCGGGGAACUGGCAUUCGGGCAGUCUAGUCUCGUGACGAUGUAUUAUGGUGACCGAUUUAGAGUGCAUCGAAAAUUGACUCACAUGGGAGUUGGGAUGCAGCAAGUGAGGGGGUACCAGCACUUGCAGAGCGAUGAGAACAAAGUUGUUCUCUAUGACUUGCUCAAUGACUCGGAGAAUUAUGUGGCUCACCUUGAGCGCUAUGCAGCUAGUGUUGUGUCGAUUAUUGGGUUUGGGAGGAGGAUUUCGACCGUGACGGAUCCGAUUAUCACAGAGGUGAUUUUCCUCAUGCAAAGGGCGGCCGAGCAUAAUGUGCCGGGGAAUUCAUUCCCGAUGAUCAUGGAGUCGUUUCCAAUUCUUGCGAAGUUUCCGAGAUGGAUGGCACCGUGGAUGGAGAAUAUGGGCAAGCCGCGCGCGAAGAACUUUUUCUAUGCACUGGCAGAAGAAGCAGCACACAGCGAAGAGGGGAAAGAUAACUAUGCGAAGAAAUUGUUCGAGCUGGCGCCCAAAUACAAUCUGAGUGAGAUGGAACUCUCGACCCUAUCCGGCUCUUUGUUUGGAGCGGGCAGCGAUACUUCAAGCUCAACCCUCAUAACCUUUCUUCUAGCCUGUUGCGCAUUCCCGGAGGUGCUGCCUAAAGCGUGGGAGGAACUUGACAGAAUAGUCGGGCCUCACCGAAGUCCAACUUUCGAGGACGAGGCAAAUCUUCCAUAUGUAAAAGCAUUUGCGAAGGAGGUUCUGAGAUGGAGGUCAGUGGCAAUCAUUGGCGGACAACCUCACGCUCCAAUUCAGGAUGAAAUAUAUAAAGGAUGGUUGAUACCGAAAAAUACCUGGACACAGGGCAAUGUUUGGGCAAUCCAUAGGAACGAGGAAGACUUUCCGGACCCCGAUAGAUUCCAACCAGAGAGGUUUCUGAAAGACAGCCCGCAUCAUAGACCCUUUCCAAAUGAGCGUGGGUAUAUGACUUUCGGAUGGGGGAGGCGUGUCUGUGCAGGCCAAGCACUUGCGGAACAGGGGACGUUCAUCAGCGUUGCCCGGCUGCUGUGGGCUUUCAACAUUCAGAAAGGUCUUGACGAGUCUGGGAAUGAGAUACCUGUGGAUAUAUUCAGCUACACUGAUGGGUUGAACAUCAGACCGAACCCCUUCAAAUGCAGGAUAACAGCAAGAAACGACGAGAUCAAGUCAACGAUUGAACGAGAAGGAAAAGGGGCACUUGACAAUCUUUCUGUCUACAAUGGGGAGACGAAAUUCAGAAUAAGUACGUAUCAUUUGGAGAAUCAGUAGAUUAAGGGCAGCAAACUUGCGGAGAAAUCAACGCGAAGUGAUGGGCAUGGCUAGAACAGC